AUGUCUUCUCACAAGACUUUCAGGAUCAAGAGAUUCCUGGCCAAGAAACAAAAGCAGAAUUGUCCCAUUCCCCAGUGGAUUCGAAUAAAAACUGGUAAUAAAAUCAGGUACAACUCCAGGAGAAGACAUCGGAGAAGAACCAAGCUGGGUCUAUAAGGA